AUUGUAAGAGCAUUAUAAAUGCGUUUCCACUUUCUUUGGAUCGUGUGAUAUGUGAAGCAACACUAAUUAGUAAUCAGCCACAACUCACGGCUCUCCAGCUAUUACUUGUGAUAUUAUUUCAUUCAAAUGGCAGGCUGCUCUGUGUUAUCUGUUGCUGCUAAAAGGUUGGAAGGAAAGGUUGCUCUCAUAACCGGCGGCGCCAGUGGAAUUGGUGAAUACACAGCUGCACUAUUUAACAAACAUGGUGCAAAAGUGAUGAUUGCUGAUGUGCAAGAUGAUUUGGGUCAAUCCGUUUGCAACAACAUGGGUCCAUCAGUAGCGUCAUACAUCCAUUGCAAUGUCACCGAUGAGGAGCAUGUAAAAAAUGCAGUGGAUUCAACAAUACGCCAAUAUGGGAGACUUGACAUCUUGUUUAACAAUGCCGGCACUGUUGACAUUUUCAAGACCAACAUCCUUGAUUAUACAAAAUCUGAUUUCGAACAAAUACUUAAGGUGAAUCUUGUAGGGCCAUUCUUAGGAACGAAGCACGCAGCCAGAGUCAUGAUCCCGUCUAGUCAAGGAAGUAUAAUAACAACUGCUAGUGUUGCCUCCGUCAUAGGAGGUUCAGGCACACAUGCCUACACAACCUCAAAACAUGGUGUGGUAGGACUCGCAAGGAAUUCAGCCUUGGAACUUGGAAAAUAUGGUAUUAGAGUUAAUUGUGUUUCCCCUUAUGCAGUUGCUACCCCUUUGACUAGAAGGGUCUUUGAUCUUGACGAAGAUAAAAUCGCUAAGCUAUACUCUAAUCUCAAAGGGAUGAGUUGUAAGAGAGAGGACAUUGCUAAUGCGGCAUUAUUUCUUGCGAGUGAUGAUUCCCGAUUUAUUAGUGGACAUAAUCUUAUUGUUGAUGGUGGAUUUACCAUCACAAAUUCAGGAUUGUCUAUCAAUGAUUUUUUUAAGUAAUGUUUUUGACAUUAUAUUGUAGGAAAUUUGGAAACUUGUUUCCAUAUUAAAUGAUACUAAUAGUUUUUCAAAUGUUAUUUUUAAUAAAAUAUUUUCAAAGAAGUUAAGAUGGUUUUGUG